AUUGCAGUUAUCCGUUCACGGGCAAGGUCAGCCGUCCUUAUUAGACAAUUAACUCUUAAACUGCAUUACAAUCCAGCAGCAUCAGGAGCAAUGACAUGUUACAAGCUCAUCUACUUCAACAUGCGAGGUAGGGCAGAGCUGUCUCGAUACAUAUUUGCCUAUGCUGGAAUCAACUUUGAGGACCAACGGGUAGAGUGGAAAGACUGGCCAUCAAUCAAGAACACCUUUCCAUUAGGAAAACUCCCAGUGCUAGAGGUUAAUGGUUUCCUUCUAACCCAGAGUCUGGCUAUUGCACGGUACCUGGCAAAGAAAGCAGGGCUUUUGGGUGGAAGCGAUUUAGCUACGGCUCAGGCGGACGCGUUGGUAGACAACCUCAACGACUUCACCAUUUCAAUCCCAUGGAGAGAGAACGACCCGAAAAUUAAAGCACAAAAGAUUGACAAGCUUUUCCAAAGCCACUUGCCUAAGUUGCUGGACUACCUCCAGAGGCAUUUGGGGGACAGGGAGUGGUUAGUGGGCGAUUCGGUGACGUGGGCCGACCUCUACUGGCACGUGUGUUUCACCACCUUCAGUGCGCUGAGACCCGGCUUCGCCGAUCGCCAUCCGGCCCUGUGUGCUCUGGUCAAACGGGUGGAAGGCAUCCCAAACCUGGCACAGUGGAUCCAGAACAGACCCGUAACAGAGUUCUAAACCUGGGUCUGGUUCAGUAGGCUCCAAACAUUCUCAAACUAAAUUUGUCUCAGUGAAAAAUCUCUUUUUUCAGAUGAUUUGUCAUUUUUCAAACAUUGCUCUUUUCUUGCUUACUAAGCCACUGUUCAUAAAGCACAGCACACCCUAAACUGCAAAAACAAACACUAUAAAAUGUUGCUCUAGGUAAAAUUUAAGUUGGAAAAAGGCUGCACACGUACUGUGGAAGUAGACUACGUAGAAAAUGGACAUUGCAA